AUGGCCUUCUGGGUCCCGAUGAAAGGGAAAGCGAUGAACAUCAUGUUCCAUAGCUGCAACGGUUUUGGCCUUAACGUGGAUAAUAGUGAUGACCUUAGUGGGCCAGAUCCCCUUUGGCGAGACGUGCUCAACACUCACCAGGCUCGACCGUUCCACGUCAUGGUAGGAGGUGGCGGCCAGAUAUUCAAUGAUUCGGUCCUCCACAGGUGCCAGAGAUUCCGAGAAUGGUACGAAACCCGAAACGCCCUUGAGAAAUACAGUUCGCCUUUUUCAUCUGAAAUGCAAGCCGAACUUGAAGAAUACUACCUCGCCCAGUACUGCAAGUGGUUUUCUCAAGGACUAUUCAGCUUAGCUGCCUCGCAGAUCCCCAUGGUCAACAUACUCGACGAUCAUGAGGUAAUCGAUGGAUAUGGCUCUUAUCCUCGUCGCGCCAUGGAUUCCCCUGUCUUCUCGGGGCUUGGCGCUGUCGCAUUCAAAUACUACAUGCUCUUCCAGCACCAGAGCGUUGUUGAUGAGACGGAAGCCUCAGAGCCCUCCUGGAUCCUCGGUGCAGCGCCAGGUCCUUACAUUAAAGAAUAUAGCCGCAAUGUGAUUGUUGACCUUGGUUCCCGGAUUUCUCUCCUCGCAGUCGAUUGCCGUACUGAACGCACAGAGCUUGACAUAAUAGCUGAGGAAACCUGGGAGAAAAUUAUGGAUCGGUGCUACAAGGAUGUGAAAUCGGGUUCAACUGAACAUUUGCUUGUUGUCCUACCAGUUCCCAUUGCGUACCCCCGAAUGGUUUGGCUAGAAAACAUAUUGAGCUCUCGAUUGAUGCGUCCCGUGAAAGCUGUUGGGAAGACUGGUGUGCUCGGGGCCAAACUGAACCAGCUCGAUAGUGGUGGCGACGCUUUAGACGACCUCAGUGAUCACUGGACUGCUAAAGCACACAAAGGCGAACGACGAGAUGUCGUUGAGCAGCUUCAGGAUCUUGCAGCCAUCAAGUCCGUUCGCGUCACAAUACUAAGACUCCGUGGAGGUGGCGAUCCUGAGUACGAACAAGGCGACGAGGCGGCCUUCACCGCCCGGCCCAUGCGAUCUGCCCGGCCCCUUUCGCCUGAAGAUAUAUCCGGAAACUUUGUCCCAAAGCCAUUUCACCGCACACCGACAGGGUUAUCAACAAAACAGAGGAAGCGUGCAGACGACUUUGCCGUUGACUUGGAAGGUGGGCUAGAUAUUAGCCUUAAUGUCGAGGUGAACCCAAAGGAUCCUGCUGGGAUAACUGUCCCGUAUCGCAUCCUCGUCCCACGGCUCUUCCAUGACGAGGAUGAUGAAAAGAAACACAAUGCACUUCUAGCAUCCGAGCAGCCUUCAGGCUUUAAGAGGCUACUGAGUUUCAGGGAAACGGCCUACCACAAGCGCAAGCGACACACAAGCCGCGCAUCAUUAUUCUCCCCGCAAACCUCUCCCCCAGAGUUGCUGCCGAUAGCACCUAACGAAGAGAGAUACGGUUAUGAUACGGUCUCUAGUGGCGACCGGUACGAUAGCCAAGGGGACGUCCUAGAUGUUAGGUUGGAUGCGGCGCAGUCGAUCGAUGAGGGCUUCCUCUUCCUCGUCCGCUUCUUCAUGGACAUUGGUCACUAUAAGGAUCCAGCCCUCAACACUGCGGACAGCUUUUGCGCCGGUCUUGGUCUGCAUAUCAUCGUCACGUACCCCUUGCGGCGCCGGGCCAGAAUCAAUGUCCAUCUCGGCGUCUGA